AUGACAAGGAUCAGAUCGGGAGGUUUUCUUGUGGUGACCUUUGACCUGUGCUUCCUAUUUCCUAUGAGUGCACCAGAGGCGGAGCAACAGCUGGGGGCGGGGCUUCAACUUCUUCAAGGCUCGGGAUUGGUUAUUGAUAUGAGCAGCAUCGGAGUGACAGGCAAAGGAGUCAUUUCGACCGCCUUUGUGACGCCUCCCACCUCUGAGACCCCUCCCACCUCUGAGACCCCUCCCACCUCUGAGACCCCUCCCACCUCUGAGACCCCUCCCACCUCUGUGAGCCCCAGCUCUUCUCCAGCUUCCUGCCCGGAGGGUCACAUGCUCUGCUCUGACGGCUCAGGCUGCGUUCUGAUCGAUCGAUUCUGUGACGGACACGAUGACUGUCCCGAUGGAUCUGACGAAGACCAGCACACCUGUGAGGAGGGGAGGGACUUCCUGCGGCUGUUCGAGGGCGUGGGGGCAGACCGGCAACUCAUUGGUUUGUGCUUGCCUUACAUUUGGACGUCCUCUCACCUGCUCUUCUGA